UCUGAAAAAUAGGAGUAAAUAAAAUCCGCAUUUGAAAUUAGAAUUUCCGCUCGUCCGUACGCUUUUUUCCCUGCCUAUUGCAAUGGAAAAUAACGAAAUUAGUUAUGAAACCCUAACCCCCCUCGCCGCCGACGAAUCGCCGGCCCCUCCGCCUCCGGCGUCUUCCUCCCCCGAAAUUGAGCCCUACGUUGUCUUGCGCAACCAUAUUUCCCUUUCCACCAUCCAAUGCCCCUCGCCAGAAUCCAUUGCUCCUGAUUACUUCUCCCUCGACGUGAACGAGGCAGCAGAUAAAUUGACAUCGAUUUCAGCCACUCCUCCACCGUCGCGCCAUGCCAGGGCCACCCCCGCUCCAGCUCCAGAUAGAACGCUGGAAGGCAGCUGGUUUCGCGCCAAUUCUCGCUUCAAAAGCCCCAUGCUUCGUCUGCAUAAAGAAAUACUUGAUUUUUGUGAGUUUUUGUCGCCAACUGCCGAGGAGCAAGAAUCUAGAAAUGCUGCUAUUAAAUCCGUGUUUGAUGUGAUCAGCUACAUCUGGCCUAAUGCUGUGGCCGAAGUUUUUGGAUCGUUUGAGACAGGGCUUUAUCUUCCAUCCAGUGAUAUUGAUGUUGUGAUUUUAGGUUCAAAUGUAAGAACUCCUCUGGUAGGUCUUCAGGCUCUCUCCAGGGCACUCUCUCAAAGGGGAAUUGCUAAAAAGAUGCAGGUUAUUGCAAAAGCACGGAUACCAAUUAUCAAAUUUGUGGAGAAAAAAAGUGGUUUUUCUUUUGAUAUAAGUUUUGAUGUUCAUAAUGGACCAAAAGCGGCAGAGUUUAUAAAGGAUGCUGUGUCUACAUGGCCCCCUCUAAAACCACUGUGUCUGAUUUUGAAAGUCUUCCUUCAGCAAAGAGAGUUAAAUGAAGUGUACACAGGUGGAAUUGGAUCCUAUGCACUUCUGUCUAUGCUUAUAGGAAUGUUACGGACUCAUCGAGAUAGCCACACUUCUCCAGAAUGUAACCUAGGAGUCUUACUGGUUAACUUUUUCGACUUGUAUGGGUGUAAGUUAAACACAGCUGACGUUGGCAUAUCUUGCAAUGGUGAAUGCAUUUUCUUCGAAAAAUAUAGUCACAGAUUUUCAGUAGAAGGCAGGUCAUCUCUAAUUGCCAUUGAAGAUCCUCAGGCUCCAGAUAACGAUAUAGGGAAGAGCUCGUUCAACUAUUAUCAGGCUAGAUCUGCUUUUGCAAUGGCUUUCUCUACAUUGACUAAUGCAAAGACCAUACAGCAUCUUGGUCCGAACAGGAGUAUUCUUAGUGCUAUAAUCAGGCCAGAUGCUGUACUACUGGAACGAAAGGGAGGGUCUAAUGGGAAAUUGACAUUCGAUAACAUAUUCCCCAGUAAUGGAGAGCCUCUGGAGCGGCUGAAUGGUGAUGAUCAUCAGGAAAUUUAUUGUAACUGGGCCUUAAAUGGCGAAGAGGAAGAAUCUCUUCCUCGCGGAGGUAGAACUCCCAGGGAAAGAAAAAGAACGGCUUCUAGGGACGGAAGAUCGUCUAAAAAGGCAAAAGUUCACACCGCCCCAACGGUAGACAGCCACAAAAAUGGCUGAGUGUAGUGCAAAAAGGCUGAGGCCGAGACAUAGAGGGAGACACCAUCAGAAUGGUGCUAGUAAUGGCAAUAGAGACAUUCGUGAUCACUGAUUUCACAGGAAUCAUGUUGUAACUGUAUCAUUUCAAUCUAUAUAAAUUAAUAUCACUUGUUUACAAGGUUGAUAGAGGCUUAGAUUUUCCCUUUGAAAGGUAUAGGAUUUGUGAUCUGCAGGAGAUACAAAUGUCUUAGAUCUUGUAUUUUUCAUUUUCAAUUAUUUUACUUUCAUGUUUUUCUCUGUAAUAUGCUUAUGAAAUACUUUUAUGAUUUAAUGACAGAAGGAAUUAUAAAUUUUUGCUAAA